GCGAUCAAUAUGCAUUCGCUCAGUCGAGCUCCAAACGCCAUCGUCCUGUCAGCCAUGCUCGCUUCACCAUUUUGCUCCUUCUCGGCCACCAUCUCACUGCAUCAUCACGACCCUUAACAUACAUGCCAACACGCGCCAGGAGCGUGUCUGUGUCCAGACAGCUGUCCUCUGCGGUUUCACCGCCCACGAAGAAGACCAGGCAUGAUGCCAGGUUUUUGCCGAACAAGAUAGCGACGGCGGAGGCGGCGGGCAGGGUAGAUCGGGACCGCCCUCUUGAUAAGCUCAUGAAUGUGAUGAGGGAGGUUACCAGGUGUCCUCCUGAGGGAGAGUCGGUCGUCUAUUGGAUGAGGAUGGAGGAUAUGCGCAUACAUGACAAUAGGGCGUUCUCUCAGGCCUCUGCUCAGGCUAGGAACGACGGCAUACCUCUCAUCGCGCUGUUCGUCUUGAGCCCGCAGGACUACAUCGCUCACGACAGGGGUCCUAGAAGGAUUGACUUCACCCUGCGUAACCUGGAAUGCAUCAAGGCCUCCCUCGCGAAGCUGCACAUUCCCUUGUACACAAGAACGCAUACACCGCGCACGGACAUCCCCGCAUACGUGCUGUCUCUCUUAAAGGAGUGGAAUGCAACGCGGCUUUAUGCGAACAUCGAAUACGAGGUGGACGAGCUGCGCAGGGACAUUAAGGUCUGCGAGCUUGCCAAGCAAACCGGCAAGGUGGCAUGCUCGUUCAUCCAUGACAAGUGCAUCGUCCCGCCUGGGAUGGUGUUGACAAAGACCGAGAAGCCAUACAUGGUGUACUCCCCCUUCCUGCGCGCCUGGAUUCCUCGCCUCACCCCAACUAAAGGCGAACCUGAUCCGCUUGCGUGUGAGGUUUCGCCGGCUGCCAAUGCUUCGUCCAUCCGCGAACACCCCGUUUACGGCAAGCUCUUCGAAGUGCCUAUUCCUGACGAUGUGCCGGGAUUUGCGCUUGCAGGCGAUGAGGAGAAGGAGAGAAUGCGUACGUGCUGGCCUGCGGGUGAAGACGCUGCAAAGCAGAUCCUGGACCGUUUCUUGCACACCAAGAGCCGGCAAUCUCAGCUGGGUGCCGUAGACCCUCUGUCUGAUGGCGCCGAGGUAUCCGCGAAGAGUCCGACAAAGAAUAGUAGAAUCGGACAGUACAAGGGUGCAAGGGACAAAGUUGACGCUGAUACGACUAGUCGGCUGAGUCCUUACUUGGCCGCAGGUGUCAUAUCCGCCCGUGAAUGCGUGCGCGCUACAAUGGAGCUGUCUUCAAACACGAAGCAGAAGAUCGACGUGAGCGGCGACACUGGCGUAGGACGCUGGGUGCAAGAGCUCGCCUGGCGGGACUUCUACACGCACAUCCUCGCGAUGUUCCCGCGAGUCUCGAUGGGUCGGCCGUUCCAGGAGAAGUUUGCAGACAUCAAAUGGGAGGAGGACACCCGCGACGCUCACUUGCAGGCCUGGAAGGACGGACGGACGGGAGUGCCUAUUGUGGAUGCGGGGAUGCGCCAGGCCCGCGCGAUGGGCUGGAUGCAUAACCGCGUGAGGAUGAUCACAGCUUCGUAUCUGGUGAAGGACCUCAUGAUCGAUUGGCGACUUGGAGAAAAGCAUUUCAUGGAGAUUCUGAUCGACGGCGACCUUGCGUCUAACAACGGUGGCUGGCAAUGGAGCGCGAGUACCGGCGUGGACCCGAUGCCCUACUUCCGAAUAUUCAACCCGUAUACACAGAGCCAGAAGGCGGAUCCGACUGGAGAGUACAUCCGCUACUUCGUGCCUGAGCUAGCCAAAGUGCGGGGUGUCGACAUUCAUAAACCCCCGCCGUCGCUGGUGGACAAAUUGGGCUACCCCAGGCCUCUGGUGAACCAUGAGGAGGUGAGAGAACGGGCGAUGAGGCGCUACAAGCAUCCUGGGCAAGAAUGAUUUCGUAUACUCGCGUAAAGUGGCGCGCUGCUAGUCCAUGUAUAGAUCUUGGAGAACAAUUCUAGA